AUGCCACCCGAUCGUCACAACGACCGAAACAGUAGACUCCUUGGUGACGCUAUUGAAAAGACUGGAAGAAGAAAUAUGGCGCCUUGUUCCCGUUGUGAGAAGAAUGACCGUCCUUGUGUUGCACCUCGCGACAAAAACAUUCCCGAUGUGCUGAAUGUACUCGUCAAGGCAAGACUUGCGAUGUUCGACAAGUUAAUCGAAUGCCUUCAGUUUCGGAGUGGGAGUCGCUUGA